CAAAAACUACACAAUAAAUUUGUAGCUUGACGACCAUCCUAAUGCAAUCCCAGGAGCCAUAUCUAACUUUUUGCCUUUUUUUCAUUUUCGGUUAAAGGAGAGGGAGAGAGACAGAGACAGAGACAGAGAGCCAAUAAUAGUGCCACAUUUCCCAUCAUUGUCACUGUGUGACGCUAUCCUACAUUAUACAGUUUUCCUUUGUCAAGCUAACCUACAUUAUACAGUUUUCCUUGAAUUUCUGUCGUUUGCGUCUAUAACCAUUAACACACAGCCCCAUGAUUUUACAAAUAUAGAAGCCCUUCAUUUUAGCUUUAGUCUCUGUCUCUCCUCUGUAUGCGACUCUGUUUCUGUGCCUGUGACUGUGAGCGCGUGGGAAGAAGAAAGAGAGAGAAAGAAGAGAGAUGGCGGGGAGGUACUUGUGUUACAGGGAUGUUCUUCCCUUUACGACCAUGGUAACAAUGGAGUGCAUGAACGUGGGUUUAAACACACUGUUCAAAGCAGCAACCUUGAAAGGGAUGAGCUACCAUGUCUUCGUUUUUUAUGCUUAUUCUAUUGCAGCUUUUAUCUGCUUUCCUGCUCCCUUUAUCUCCCGCAGAUCAAGAGUACUUCCUCCUCUCAAUUUCUCCAUAAUGAGCAAAAUUGUUCUUCUUGGUCUUGUUGGGAGUUCAUCUCAGAUCAUGGGGUAUACAGGAAUCAAUUACAGCUCUCCCACGCUUGCUUCAGCCAUCAGCAACCUAGUGCCUGCUUUUACUUUCAUCCUUGCUGUCAUUUUCAGGAUGGAAAAAGUAGUCCUCAGAAGAAAAAGCAGUCAGGCUAAAAUAUUGGGCACUGUAGUUUCAAUAACAGGUGCAUUUCUGGUGACACUUUAUAAGGGCCCUCCAAUUGUUAGAUUUCCAUCACCAUCCCUUUCACUGCAUCAACCUCCAUCAAACCAAGUGCAUUCAAAUUGGGCCAUUGGUGGCCUUUUACUUACUGCUGAAUAUAUUUUGGUCCCACUUUGGUACAUCAUUCAGGCACAGAUAAUGAAAGAGUACCCAAAUGAACUAACUGUGAUCUUCUUCUACAAUCUGUGUGUGAGCCUCGUUGCUGGAGUUGUGUGUUUGAUCACAGAAACAAAUCCAAAUGCUUGGAAAUUGAGGCUGGAUAUAGCAUUACUUUCUGUUGUGUGCUCAGGAAUCUUUGGGUCAUUCUUGAACAAUACUGUUCACGCAUGGGCUUUGCGCUUGAAAGGUCCUGUAUUUGUAGCAAUGUUCAAGCCUCUAUCCAUUGCCAUUGCUGUUGCUCUGGGGGUCUUGUUCCUUGGUGAUACACUGUAUCUUGGAAGUCUAAUUGGAGCAACAAUAAUAUCAGUUGGAUUUUAUACUGUGAUGUGGGGUAAAGCCAAAGAAGAGAUGGCUGAAGACUCUGAAGUUCAUAGCCUAGAAUCGCUACCUACUCACAAGGUGCCACUGUUGCAAAGCUGCAAACAUGAAAAUUUGUAGAGUAAAUACUUGAAAAUGUGUGAAAAUCAGGUUAUAAGACUUUCAACGCCUGUUUGUAUUAUAGUGUAUGUAAAUGUUUGUUUGUAGUUGGAGAAAAGAGAGAGGUGGGAAGAGAAAGAUCUAUAAAAGGCAAAAACUUUUCGCCCAAAUCCAAUUUCAAGCAGGAAAACAACAAAUGGAAUACAUUUACCCAAUCGAAGGUUGGACCGGCAGUCCUCCAGAAUUCAGGGUAGAGAGAGAGAGAGAUUUCGUAUUGUAUGGGGCUAUGACCCGGUAAUUAAGCUAAUGUACAAUAUUAUAUUCAAUAGGAAGGUUGGAUAAAUUAGCAACUUGAUAUUUAUUUA